AAGCGGCGCGGCUAAUUCAAGAUGGCGGAGAUGGACCAGCUGUUAGAUGAGAGCUCCUCGGCUGAGGCACUUGUUAGUCUGAAAGAGGGUAGUUUGUCCAACAGUAUAAAUGAGAAAAACAGCUUCCCCAGGGCUCACAACACAAGAGGACGAAAUUCCUCGCUGACAAUGGACACGCCCACGCGGAGCUCCAAGAGGAGUCGACUCUUUCGGGAUGAGGAGGAGCAGCAGCAGCAGCUGCAGCCACAGCAGCGAGGCGCUUCCAAGUCUCCCCGGAGGAGUCAGAGGGUCACCACCACACCACAGAAGUUUUCCACCAUCACAACUCCAGACAAGAAGGCAUCGCAGAAAAUCGGUCUCCGAUUAAGGAACCUCCUCAAGUUACCGAAGGCUCAUAAAUGGUGCAUCUACGAAUGGUUCUACUCAAACAUCGACAGACCUCUGUUUGAGGGCGACAAUGAGUUCUGCCUGUGUCUGAAGGAGUCCUUUCCCAAGCUCAAGACCAGGAAGCUGACCCGCGUGGAGUGGAGCACCAUCAGGAGGCUGAUGGGGAAACCGAGACGGUGCUCAUCUGCAUUCUUCGCUGAAGAGCGGACAGCGUUGAUACAGAAGAGGCAAAAGAUGCGUCUGCUGCAACAGAGAAAAAUCUCGGACAUGUCACAAUGCAAAGAUCUCCCAGAGGAAAUCCCUCUACCCCUCAUCAUAGGAACCAAAGUAACCGCCCGACUGCGGGGGGCUCACGACGGCCUGUUCACGGGGCAGAUCGACGCCGUGGACACCAGCGCCGCAACAUACCGCGUCACCUUCGACCGCAACGGCCUGGGCACCCACACUGUGCCGGACUACGAAGUGCUGAGCAACGAGCCCAACGAGACCAUGCCCAUCUCGGCGUUUGCCCAGAAACAUAGGGCUGCACGCUACCUACAGAACCUAAUGACUCCGCCCAGAGGACCCUGUCCGUCCGCUACCACGCCGAUCCUAAUGGACAACGACCCUCUCAUCAGCCAGUCAACAUGGAAGAGCAGACUCCCCGCUGGCGAGGGGGAGACAUUAGGGGGGUUUCCUGUCAAGUUCCUCGUCCAAGUGACAAGGCUGUCCAAGAUCCUCAUGAUCAAGAAAGAGCACAUCAAGCACUUGAAGGAUAUGAACACGGAAGCAGAGAAACUGAAGUCCUACUCAUUGCCCAUUGGCCUGGACUUCCAGAAGCGCUACGCCACCACAGUGCUGGAGCUGGAGCAGCUCAAUAAAGACCUCAACAAAGUGCUACACCAGGUUCAGCAGUUCUGCUGCGAGCUGGCCCCGGACCAGGGCAUGGCUCCGGCCGACCGGCCCACGGAGAUGCGGCAGCGGUGUGAGGAGGAGGCCCAGGAGCUGGUCCAGCACAGCAACACCCUGCUGGACGGCCAGCAGAGCGUCACCAACCCCAGCCACACACAGCUCGUCUCACGGCUCACAGCCCUGCUGCUGCAGAUCAAGUGUUUGGCUGAAGGGGGUGACCUGAAUUCGUUUGAGUUCAAAUCUCUGAACGACUCCCUAAACGACAUUAAGAGGUCGAUAGACCAAUCGAACCUCAGUUGCUUCCAGAACAAUGUGGAAAUCCAUGUGGCUCACAUCCAGAGUGGCCUUAGCCAGCUGGGAAACCUGCACGCCUUCGCUGCCAACAACACCAAUGCAGUCUGACCGCUUGCACUCUUUCUGAACACACACACACACACACACACACACACACACACACACACACACACACACACACACACACACACACACACACACACACACACACACACACACACACACACACACACACACACACACACACACACACACACACAGCACCCUGCACCCUGCACAUGGAGUUGGUGCUCUUUCCGGAACUUCUUCUAUUUUUCCUUUUCCUUUUUUACUUCUGCAACAAAAAAAACUCCAUGCAGCCAUUUUUUUGUACUCACAGCACACGACGCAGUGUUGGACGUGCAGCUGAAUCGGCCCAGAUUGAUUUCCAGAACACUAUAAAGCAUAUGGGGAAGGUGUGGUUAAUCUUUUAGCAAUUUUUCUGUGUGGGAAUGUGGCCCCAUCGAUCGAGGCCUACACUCCAGUUCAUUUCUCUCAUCCCCGGUGGUUGUUUUUCCAUGUGCCAAAAAUUACAUAUUUGCAGUUUUUAUAGACCAUAUUUAUUUAUAUUUUAGUAGGUGUAUGGUUAUAAGACAAUAUUUUACUAUUCCAGAAAGAUUACUCUGUAUGUAUUGUAGCUUUGCUCCACUGAUGGUAAGCACAGGGGAGGAUAAAGAAUGUUUUGUAAAAAAAGUUUAUUGUAGAUAUUUGUACAAUACUGAAUUAUUAGGACUAUUGUUGACAUUUCUGCUAUGUGAAAUGGCUUUUUUGUAAUUUUGUGUGCACUGAAAAAGAGAUGUGGUAUUUUUAUAAAUGAUCGGCCUGGGUUCCAGAUACCGUUGGUUCAAUUAAUUUUAUUCUCAGAAUUUGGCAUGGCACCCCCUUUCACUGAACAUACAUCACUGAUGUAACCCUUAAUUCAAGUUGUUUACCAGGACUUUCAGUUUUGUAAAGUUGUAUAUGGGAGUGCCUCAGGGCAAGUGUAUAUAAAUAUUGCUGUCUUUUUAUAUUAAACAUUGCAAAGCAGGUUUCGGUCAGUGUGUAAGUGUGUUGAUCUUAUUUGGAAGAAGACAUUGUGCAUUUAUAGACAAGUUUCAUUUUAUUUUAAUAAAUAAGAAUAUAUUUUAAAGCAAUUUUACAAUUGUAUACUACAUACGUACAUAAUGCGACUGUUUUGCUGUGUCACAGAAUCACAUAAAACCCCCAAAGCCGACCAUGGCACUGGUUUCCCAAUCAGAGUCCGAGUCGGAAAAGUCCUCACUGGCAUGGAUCGGAGAAAAGUGGCAGAGCGAAUGUGUUGGAAUUGGGGGAAUAACCACUUUCAUCUCCGGUCCGAUGGUCUUGUUGGGUGGGAAAUUGUCGUAUUCCACAAUAAGCUUCGGUCCUGCGUUUCCAUGAGAUGAGUAAUGGGCUUUGACGUCAUGUUGAUGCGCCUUCUGAAAUGAAGACGUGACGCAGGGGACGACAACGCUGAGUUCGGGCUUUUUCGGAGACGUCGCUUCGUAAACACAAGAAGUUACAGACUUGUGUUCGUAGCUCUGUUGCUUUGUCGUAGAUGAAGACACGUGGUUCUCCUCGCCUUUACAGUGUCGCUGAGUCGGUCUGAAGCUGCCGUCCAAUGGGAAGUGUGUUAAACCUAUCAUGUCUGCAGCCAUUCUGUUUUGGAGUUGCGCGAACGGGACGGGGGCAGAGCUGGUCGGCCCGUUGGAUUUCAUGGGAGCCGAUGAGCUGACCUGCCGGCGUGACUUGGCCCGUCUGUUCUGGAACCAGACCUACAAUCGAAGAAAGUUGAAUUUAGUCCUAGUUCUUAUUAAUCAAUUCAAAUGAGAUUUAUUGGACUAUUAAAAUAAACAUGUAAAUUGCCAAAGCAUUUAAAAUAACCCAACAAGUGGGAUAUAACCGCUUGCCUUUACCUAGAUAUUGACCCUAUUAUGUACACAUAUACAAUAUAUUCAGGCUGAUAGCUCGCAUAUAAAUAAUAUUACCUGAAUUCUGGACUCCGGCAGACCAGUCAGAGCCUCAAGUCUCUCCCGUAGGUAGAUAUCAGGAUAUUUAGUGUCA